AUGAACUUUAUUUUCUUCAUCUACAUUACCUUUGGUUCAUUCAGGACUACAUACACCAGACUAAAUGAAGACACGGCUGAAGGAAUACCCAAGAUUUAUUCCGUAUCUACUCUGGAUGGACGACAGAUUGAUUAUUAUGACAAUGAGACAGAGAAGCUGAUGCCCAGACAGUACUGGAUGGAGAAGUUUGCAUCUGGAGAUAAAUGGAACAACUACACUGAGAUCAGAGAACGAGUCCGGCAGACCAGCAAACAAUUCAGCCAGUUACAUAGUGAUUAUAUGUAUGAGAGGGUGCAUGGAUGUGUUUGGGACGAUGAGACUGAAGACUCUCACGGGUUUGAGGAGUACAGUUGUGAUGGAAAGGAGUUCAUCUCACUGGACCUGAAGGAGAACAGGUACACUCCACAUGUACCGCAGGCAGAACCCACGGUGCUGGAGUGGAACAAUGACAGAAAACGGCUUGAUUUCCUGAAACGGUACUAUCAACACGAGUGCACGGACUGGCUGAAAGAGUUACUGAAGUUUUCUAAAGCUACAUUUGAGGAAACAGAAAACCAGAAGAUCCUGAAUGGGGAGGACAGCAAGAGUUCUGCAUCAGAUGGUUCAUAUGGGCUUGUUGCUUUAAUUACUAUCCUAGUUGUUGUCAUUUUAAUUUUGGUCUAUAUACUUGGGAAAAACUGGAAUAAACUCAUACCUUACUGCAAGAGUUUAAUGAAUUAUCAAACGGUUCCUCAGACGUAGAAGACGACCCACAGCCUCCGUCUCUCCAAGAAACAGAGUCCUUUAAUAAAGAUGAAGAAACAUCUAAUGACUUUUCUGAGAGCUCUCUGACCCUCCACAGACAGCGAGGGUCCUACCAAGAUCACGGUCCGGAAACGGAGAAAGAACAUCAAGUGUUCCACUGUAGUUUUAUGAAGCUAUGAGAAUACUAUUUGUAUUUGUACCAUCGAAAUAUAUUUGCGAUAUUUGUCUUAGUGAUGUUACUUGAUAUUGAUAAAUAUUAUAAAAAAAUAAAUAAUUAAAGCCAUGCAUGUCUUUAAAACGAAUAUUUUUAAGAACUAUAAAUAGAUAAAAAUAAAUAAUAUCGAUUCAAAUUUGAAUUUGCAGUAAUUUGCAAUCAUUUUUAAAUAUGAUCUCUUUUAUGGAGAAUUAAUUUUUCCAAAGACAUGUUUGUAUAUUUAUGUACAUAAUGUAUUUUAUGUCAUUUUCUGUUUACUCAAUAUGUGCCUUAUUUUUUGCCGAAAAACUAUGACGUCUGUCUAAUGGUUUCUGAUCGGAAAGAGCUUGUGGUUAACAGAACGGAAUUAAAAAAUGACAGCGAUGAGAUCUUAACAACAUCACCAUGUGUCCACCCGUUUCUUUCUCGUCAUAUUUUGUACUAAAUUAAAAU